GAACGUACGUAUUCAAGAGUGCCAAAAAGCAUAACCUCACUUCUUCACCACAAACUGUAUAUAAAGGGGCAGCUAGCCCACUGCAAAUUUGCACUCUUUCACAACACCAUAGCUAUACCCAUCAUACCAUUGCCUUUCCGAAACCUAGCUAACCAAAAGAAAUCCCCUUCCCUUAUUCCCCCCUCCGAUCCAUCCGCCAUGGCUUUCGUAUUCCGCAGAGGCCUGGUAGUACUAGUAGUAGCCCUAAUCAAUGCCGCUCUCGUCGUAGCCACGAGCUUGGCAACUGCUGCAGAAAUUAGCAGUAGCAACCCAUUGCUGCUCCGAGGAGAGGAAGGUGUCCGCGAUUGCAGUCAGUAUCCUUACGUUGCACCAACUACCCUUCCCACCGACCGUUUCUCUUUCCCUCCGGACUUCGUCUUUGGGACAGCCACUGCAGCUUACCAGGUUGAAGGUGCAGCCAACACCAGCGGCAGGGGACCAAGCCUUUGGGACAGAUUCACCCACGAUUUCCCAGAGAGGAUUGCCGAUGGGAGCAGUGGAGACGUCGCCAUUGAUCACUACCACAGAUUCGAGGAGGACAUAAUUAGGAUGAAAAAUAUGAACAUGGACGCCUACAGGUUCUCCAUCUCGUGGUCCAGGAUUAUACCAUACGGCAAGAGGAGUACUGGAGUAAACAAAGAAGGAAUCGAGUUCUACCACAGAAUCCUCGACCUGCUCGACGAACAAGACAUGGAUGCCUAUGUUACAAUCUUCCACUGGACUACCCCACAGGCCUUGGAAGCCGAGUAUGGCGGCUUCUUAAGCCGUGACAUUGUGUCCGACUUCAAAGAUUUUGCUGAUCUGCUGUUCGAAGAAUACGGCAGCAAAGUGAGCAAGUGGAUCACUCUGAACGAGCCCUGGACUUACACCAUAAAAGGUUACGAAGAAGGAAUGUUUGCACCCGGCCGUUGCUCCGUCUGGGUCGACAGAGCGUGCCGCGCUGGCAACUCAGCUGUGGAGCCUUACAUUGUCACCCACAACCUUCUUCUUGCUCAUGCUGCCGCCGUCCAACUUUACCGCCAGAAAUAUCAGAGGGAGCAGAAGGGAGAAAUAGGCAUGACUCUGUGCACGUUUUGGUUUGAGCCUUACUCUGACAAAAUUGAAGACAUUGAUGCAGCCCAAAGAAGCAUGGACUUCAUGUAUGGCUGGUAUAUGGAUCCCAUUACAUACGGCAAUUACCCAAGAUCCAUGAUCGAUUUGGUUGGAUCCCGUCUGCCCAAUUUCACAACCGAAGAAUCCAAGUUACUCAAAGGCUCCUAUGAUUUUCUCGGCCUCAAUUAUUACACCGGUUAUUACUCGAGAAACAAUCCUGAUGUUGAUCCACACCAUCCACGGUACCGAACCGAUUCCGGAGCUAUAAUGGAUGGUACGUUAACUCGGAAUUACGUUAAACUAUACACUAACAUCGCUUCGCGAUGGCUGUACAUAUAUCCCGAGGGGUUCCGAUACCUAUUGAACUAUACGAAGGACACAUAUCGGAACCCAACUAUUUAUAUUACCGAGAACGGAGUAUCCGAUGAAGAUGAUCCUUCGAAACCAAUCCAAGAGGCCAUAAAGGACCAGCGCAGGAUCGACUAUUACCAUUCUCAUCUUCAGAAUGUCCUCAUGUCCAUCAGGAACUACAACGUGACGGUGAAAGGGUUUUUUGCGUGGUCCUACGCGGACAACUAUGAGUGGAGUGAUGGAUACACUUACAGGUUUGGGCUGUAUUACAUCGACUACAAAGAGAAACUGCUGAGGUACCCAAAGGAUUCUGCUUGCUGGUUCACUGCCUUCCUCGAGAAGCCCAGCCCGAAGGUUCAGCACCGGGCCCGGCCCAUCCGCGCUGCUCUCCCCCGUUCGCUCCAUCUUGGAUACUGAGCCUCAACGCCUGUGGGCUAUGAAGCUUGAUUUUCAAUCCUUUUUUUGUUUGGUGUUUAUUGGGUUUUGAGAAAUUAAAAGCCUAUUCUGUGAUCGAGCUGGGCUUUGUGUGUGUUUAAUUUUUUGGGCCUUGAUCAUGAAGGACUCUAUCUUGGUGCUUUCUACUUCACUGUACUGUCUGUACACUGUUGUUAUGUGUAUCUGAACUACUUGUACUGUGUGUUGUGUG